UGGCGCCUUGGCUUGGAGUUGGCGAUGCCAUUCCCUUCUUCGUUUCCAUUCCAAUUGGAAUUCAUUUGGAGAAGGUGGGAGUGAGGGGUCUCAGUGGCCCCAUUCUCCGCGUACCCCCGCAGCAAGCACCAACACAACAGCAAGCAUCUGUGUUCCUUUCUCUUUCCUUGGGGGUCACAGGCCAUUUAUAUUCCUCUCUCUUCCUCCAUAGCCUUCAAUCUCCACUCCCAUCUUCUUGCGUCCCUAAUUGCUACUGCUAUUAAUUCUUAACCGAACACCAAUACCAUAUCAAACUCUUUCUUUCUUUCUUCUUUCAUUCGUUCGAUUUCUUAGAAAUUCCAGACAUGGGUCUGAAAGGUUUUGUCGAGGGGGGUAUUGCUUCAGUCGUGGCGGGUUGUUCGACCCACCCGCUCGAUCUCAUCAAGGUUCGGAUGCAGUUGCAGGGCGAGACCCAAGUCCCCUCGCUCCGCCCCGCCUACGCUUUCAACGCUGGCACCACCGCCAAGUUCCCAGCGCCGCAGCCGCCCAAGGUGGGACCCAUCUCCGUCGGGGUCAAGAUCUUCCGGACGGAAGGCGUCGCCGCCCUGUUCUCCGGCGUCUCUGCGACUGUGCUCCGCCAGACGCUCUACUCCACCACCCGGAUGGGCCUCUACGAGAUCCUCAAGCAAAAGUGGUCCGACCCGAACAAUCCGGGUAGCCUCCCUCUCGGCCGGAAAGUAGCCGCCGGCUUGGUGGCAGGCGCGGUCGGCGCGGCUGUCGGGAACCCGGCCGACGUGGCGAUGGUCCGCAUGCAAGCCGACGGCCGGCUCCCUGUCAGCCAGCGGCGCAACUACUCGAGUGUGGUGGACGCCGUGACGCGGAUGGCGCGCCAGGAAGGGGUCACUAGCCUGUGGCGCGGCUCCUCGCUUACGGUGAACCGCGCGAUGAUCGUGACCGCAUCACAACUGGCGACGUACGAUCAAGCCAAGGAGACGAUCAUAGAGAAGAGGUGGAUGAAAGAUGGGCUGGGGACGCACGUGGCGGCGAGCUUUACGGCGGGUCUUGUGGCGGCGGUGGCAUCGAAUCCAGUGGAUGUGAUCAAGACUAGGGUGAUGAACAUGAAGGUUGGGCCGGGAAUGGAGCCACCGUACAGUGGAGCCCUAGACUGUGGGCUAAAGACGAUAAGGGCGGAAGGGCCAAUGGCCCUUUACAAGGGCUUUGUGCCCACGGUGUCGAGGCAGGGCCCAUUUACGGUAGUGUUGUUCGUGACGCUGGAACAGGUCCGCAAGAUUCUCAAGGAUUUUUGAAGAUGACGAUGAUGACGAUAAACUAAUUGAUUUAAUAAGAUUGAUUAUUCUUAUCUCAUUAUUAUUAGCCUUUAGCCUUUAGGAAGUGGAAAAUUGGAACGUGAUGCAUGCAGUUGAUGGAUGGAUGGAUCAUUGAAAUAGAAAUAGAGUAUUUGCCAUUUAAUGUUU